CACUUCACUGUGGUGACGUCAACCUUUCGUUUCUCCCUUGCUACUGUACUUCCUACUUCUUGGUGUAGGAUGGAACUAUUAAAACAGAUGGAGUCAAAGCUAUCCCGAGCAACUAUUUAGAUUCCGUAGCCCGACUUUCCCUCCAGUCUCGGUAUUUUACAAAUUAUCUUCAAGUUACGUGUCUUGUCUUGUCUCGAACUGAGCGGCUGUCCACAACGGUAUUACCGACUCGGAUCGGAUUGCAACCAUGAUGGCGUCGAGCUACAACGCUAAGGAAGAAGACGGCCACCACUCAGGCCCCUCUAGUCAUGGCGGCGCAGGGGCAGUGAAAAGCAAGAAACCGGACAACACGGCAUUUAAACAACAGAGACUACCUGCUUGGCAGCCCAUCUUGACAGCUGGAACCGUGCUCCCUGCGUUCUUCGUCAUCGGUCUCAUUUUCAUCCCCAUCGGUAUCGGCCUGUAUGUAACGUCAAACAACAUCAAGGAGUUCGAGAUUGAUUACACCGGUGUGGAUGUUUCGAGCCCAUGCUUUAGCUGUGCCAAAAACUACAGCUGGGACAGCACAACUUCAUGCACGUGCUCUGUGAAUUUCACUUUGGAGCAGCCUUUCGAGAGCAACGUCUUCAUGUACUAUGGCUUAUCCAACUUCUAUCAGAACCACAGGCGCUAUGUGAAAUCCAGGGAUGACAGCCAGCUGAAUGGGGAUCGCUCUGCUUUGACGAAUCCUAGCAAAGAAUGUGAGCCUUAUCGUACCAGCGAAGGCCAGCCUAUUGCUCCUUGCGGGGCCAUAGCUAAUAGCCUUUUUAAUGACACCCUGGUUCUCUAUCAUGUUGACUCCAAUGGCACCAAAAUCAGCAUCCCUCUGGCAAAGAAAGGCAUUGCUUGGUGGACAGACAAGCAUGUGAAAUUUAGGAAUCCUGGUGGAAACGACAACCUAACCAUUGCAUUUCAGGGGACUAACAAGCCAGUGAACUGGAGAAAGCCGGUGUUUGAGCUGGACCCAGACGACCGUGAUAACAAUGGCUUCAUCAAUGAGGACUUCAUUGUGUGGAUGCGCACAGCCGCCUUACCCACUUUCCGCAAGCUCUAUAGGAUCAUCCAUAAGAAGUCGAGCUCAACACCGACCCUAGCUAGCGGCAGAUACAUCUUGGACAUCACUUACAAUUACCCGGUCCUGAGUUUUGACGGUCGCAAGCGUAUGAUCUUGAGCACCAUCUCCUGGAUGGGAGGGAAGAACCCUUUCCUGGGUAUCGCCUACAUCACCGUGGGCUCCAUUUGCUUUUUCCUGGGUGUGGUUCUGCUCAUCAUCCACCACAAAUAUGACUCGCGCAAUAGCAGCGCAGAUAUUCCGAACUAGAUCCCACCUGCGUAGCAUCCAUUCUGGACUGCUUGGCGGUUUCUGCGCAAAUACACUGGUCAUCUGUAAAUGUUUGUUUGUGCAAGAGCAGUCCUAUGUUGUCUGACCGAAAGUUGUUUUUGAAGGCAGAGUACAACGCCUGAGUCUUGACUGCUUCAAGUUGGAUGCUGCGAAUGUCAUUUUCUGUUUUUAUUAUACCUGUUUUAAAUGUUCUAUUUAUGUCUGUCAAAGUAUGUGUUGUAUCUUAGCACAGCUUUGCGAAUGGCUUAAUGAUUGAAGGGCAUGUUUGUUGUAUGUCAGCUUUUGUUCAUGUCAUGUAUGACAAAAAUGUCCUGCUGAUGAAUGUAGUAUUACAUUACAUUGACGUACUUCUGGGUUUGAGAAGAAGUUGAAAAUGAGGAAAACCUUUUAUUGUGCAUUGUCAAAUUUGGUAAGCAUUAAUGUUGGUAACCCCACAUAUCGACCAAUUACAAAAAGUCUCAGCUCCCUUUCCUCCUUUUUUUAAAAUGUACAAAAACUGACUAUCCGAUUAUUUAUGCAUGCAACAAACUUAACACUCCGUUGUUACAAUGACUGAGCUUCCUGUCUGGUUGGUAAGUGGUAAGGGUUUUUCUGUUAAUUUACAUUGCACAAUUAUGUCAGUGUUGACCAAAUUAUUUGCACUUAAAAGAACCUUUAUUUAGUCCAAAAUCAGCUGGGGUAGGCUCCACCUCACCUUGAACAGGAUUAAGUAGAAAAUGAAGAGAGGUGCCACUCUAUUUCCCCUUCUGUUUUCCACCUGGUAGAGGACACCUUGUUAGAAUGUCUCUUGUUUAAUACUGUAUUAAAAUGUAAUGGGCUUUUACAAGGUCAACAUGUUCCAAUUAAAGAAUUUAUCAAUGUC